AUGCCGAAAGUGGCUACAGCGGCAAAACAGGAGCCGCUGCUUUUUGCUCUUGCAAUUUGUUCACAGUGUUCUGAUGCAAAAACUAAACAAGCGGCGUUUAAAGCAGUUCCUGAAGUGUGUGACGUGCCAGCCCAUCUCUUUACUUUCAUCCAAUUCAAAAAAGAUCUGAAGGAGGGCAUGAAAUGUGGCAUUUGGGGCCGGGCACUACGAAAAGCUGUUGCAGAUUGGUACAAUGGAAGGAAUGGCAUGGCUGCUGCUCUGGCAGUUACAAAAUAUAAACAAAGAAGUGGUUGGUCUCAUAAAGAUCUUCUGAGGUUGUCCCACCUGAAACCUGCCAGUGAAGGAAUUUCCGUAGUUACUAAAUAUAUCACCAAAGGGUGGAAAGAUGUCCAGGAGAUGUAUAAAGACAAAGCAGUUUCUGCUGACACUGAAAAGCUUCUGAAGUAUCUGGAGGCUGUGGAGAAAGUGAAACGCACAAAAGAUGAGUUGGAAGUUACUCAUUUGAUAGAGGAAUAUGGUUUAGUUAGAGAGCAUCUGCUGACAAAUCAUCUGAAAUCUAAAGAAGUAUGGAAGGCACUGUUGAAGGACAUGUCCAUUUCUGCAGUGUUGAGAAAUUUGGGAAAGAUGACAGCCAAUUCAGUGCUUGAACCAGGAGGUUCAGAAGUAGCAAUAGUGUGUGAAAGACUGGGGAAUGAGAAACUACUAAAAAAGGGUAGAAUACAUCCACUCCAUAUUUUGGUUGCACUAGAAACCUAUAAAGCUGGACAUGGAAGUAGAGGGAAACUUUGGUGGCGUCCUGAUGAAGACAUUUUAGCAGCCUUAGAUGCUUCAUUUUACAAAACUUUCAAGACAAUUGAACCAACAGGAAAACGCUUCUUAGUUGCAGUUGAUGUCAGUGCAUCAAUGACACAGAAAGUUUUGGGCAGUGUUCUCAAUGCUAGUACGGUUGCUGCAGCCAUGUGUAUGGUUGUAGCACGUACCGAGAAGGAUUCCCAUGUUAUUGCCUUUUCACAUGAAGUGGUCCCCUGCCCAGUGACAGCUGAUAUGACAUUACCUCAGCUAUUAAUGAAAAUGUAUGAAAUUCCAAUGGGUACCACGGAUUGUUCCCUUCCCAUGAUAUGGGCUCAAAAGACGCAAACAGCUGCUGAUAUCUUUAUGGUAUUUACUGAUAACGAGACCUUUGCUGGAAAUACUCAUCCUGCAGUGGCCCUUAGGGAAUACAGGGAGAAUAUGGGUAUUCCUGCUAAACUUAUUGUUUGUGGAAUGACAUCGAGUGGUUUUACUAUCGCAGACCCGGAUGACAAAGGCAUGUUGGAUAUAUGUGGCUUUGAUUCAGGAGCUUUGGAUGUUAUUCGAAACUUCACUUUGGAUUUGAUUUAAUUUUGUUAGCAUCUGGUCUUCCCAGUGGGUCCAUUGCUGGGAACUGACUUCACCCUGGGAACUCCCAGCCAAAUAUGCUUUAUUAGAAUAUGGCACAGCAUAUACAUAUCAGAACGUUACCUUCUUGUAAAGGGAAAACAAGAAAAGCAGAUGAGAAAUCAUUUCUUCUUUUCCUGUUGCACACAGUAUCAAGUAACAGUGGGAAGCUUGCUAAAAGUAGCUACAGGGUUACAUAAUAUGUAAUUUAAUUUCAUUUAUAAUAGUGUAUGAAUAC